AUGUAUAUACAGAAAUACAUUGAACCAUUGCCAACUUCUAACUUCAUCUUUAUGAAGAAUGAUGUAUUUUCUCAAGACCUCACGGGGUGGUUUCUCUCGCUAAGAAAGACAAAUAUAAAACCUGAGAAACUGUAUCACACUGCACUGUACCUGUACAAGCAGAUCUUUUUCCCGUUUUACAAAGAUUUGAGAGUUCAAAAGAUUCAGGAAACAAGUUUAAACACAACACCUACUCCUUUCAUUGUUACUUUGAACUAUGCAAGUUUUGAAGGGAGGAUUAUCAAGUCUGUGAAUGAGACAUUCUCACUGCUUGCCAAGAGUUUCAAAAAUAGUCCCGUCAUAUUCAAGAAUAACUCGUUUGUAUGGUGUCAUGGUAGACACGAUCUACCAUUUAUUGACAUGUACACCAAAACAAACUUUAUAUUGUCUUUAUUCUCUAGAAGAUUCUUACUGCGUGUUGUUGAUCAAGAUGCUUGUCAUGUUUUACUGUGUGCAAAAGGACGCAUCAUAAACACGGGGAACAGAUGUGCAUAUGUGUUUCUGUAUGUUAUCGUCUCCUAUUGUAAGAUUGGAGGUUUCAGAAAAUCACGCAAGAAAUUGAACGCCUACGAUUUAUCGUUCUAUCCAAGAAAGUCAAUGCCAGCUCUAUUGUUCGGUAGAAGUCUUUCCGUCCUCUGUAGCACGCAAUCAUCACUGUCAGCUGCGUGUUUGAGUCAAGUACGGCAGCUCCAAGAUCGUAAGACUUGCUUUACUUGUGCUGCCGUUAAUCUUAGCCUCGAUGUUAGCAUCGAUUAA